UACCCUAUCCGGACUGGGACGAAAAGGGAUACCUUACUACACACCAUCACGAGGAGGGGGGAAUUCCCUUCAGCUCGCUCUAUCAGCCACGUUCUGCAUUGCAUCUCGUGUCGUACGGGGUGUACACAAUACGUUUAACCAAUCUAUAAGCUUUGGUUCCGCUGCAUUUUACGCACCUUGGUAAACCGCUUCGCAUCGCAAUCCACGGCGCCAAUUGCAAUCGCUCGUCUUCAAGAUGUCUGAAGGAGGAAAAUUAAAGAACUCGCCACUCGUCUUUGUAGUGGCUGGUGCGAUUCUUUCCUAUGUCGUCUACACACAAAUCAUGCUCUACCUCGCACGGAAGCGAAUGAUGAAAGAUCAUGGCUGCAAACCAUGCAAGGCCAUCUACAACAAGGACCCUAUAUUCGGGCUCGACGUGCUCCGGUCUAACACGAAGAACGCCAAAGAACACAAGAUCCUGGAGCGAAACCUCGAGCGCCUCCACGAACUGGACUGCAAGACAUUCCGCUCCCGACUGGUGAACCAGCCCAUCAUCGUGACCGUCGAGCCAGAGAACAUCAAGACGGUGCUGAGUCUCAAGUUUAAGGACUACUCCAUCGGCCACAGGGGACAGGCCUUCACGCCGCUGCUAGGCCACGGCAUCUUCACGACAGACGGCGACCGAUGGGCCAACUCUCGACAUCUACUCCGACCCAACUUCGCGCGCGACCAGGUGGCCGACCUCAGUAUGCUUGAGCGGCACUUCAAGCUCCUCCUCAAGGUGAUCCCCAAGGAUGGCGCGACCGUCGACCUGCAGGAACUCUUCUUCCGCAUGACUAUCGACUCUGCCACCGAGUUCCUCUUCAACCACUCCACCAACUCCCUCCGCAUGGUCGGCCAGCGAGACCAAGUCGCCAACGAAGACGACAUCUUCGCCCGGGCCUUCCAGACCGCCCAGGACGACAUCACCGUCCGCACCCGCCUCGGCUUCCUCUCCUACUUCCGCAAGAACAAGGAAGCCGACGAAGCGAACCGCAUCUGCCACGAGUACGUCGACAAAUGGGUCGACGAGGCCGUCCGCUGGCGCGAGGGCCGCGACCGCGACGCCGAGAAGGCCGACGCCAAAGUCGACGAGCGCUACGUCUUCAUCCACGAGCUCGCCAAGCAGACCAAGGACAAGAAACAGAUCCGCGACGAGCUCAUCAACAUCCUGCUCGCCGGCCGCGACACCACCGCCUCCCUCCUCAGCAACAUGUUCGUCUACAUCGCGAAGGACCCCCGCAUAUGGGCCAAGCUACGCGAGGAGGUCGCACCACUGGAGGGUCGCUUGCCGACGUACGAGGAGCUGCGUAGCUUCAAGUACGUCAAGUGGUGCUUGAACGAAUCUCUCCGCGUCAACCCCGUCGUACCCGCCAACUCCCGCCUCGCCACCCGCGACACCGUCCUCCCGCUCGGCGGCGGUCCCGACGGCACAUCCUCCCUAUUCGUCCCCGCCGGCACCAUCGUCGCCUACUCCCUGUACUCGAUGCACCGGCGCACCGACUACUACGGCGCCGACGCGGAGGUCUUCCGCCCUGAGCGCUGGGAGCACCUUCGCCCCGGGUGGGAGUACCUUCCGUUCAACGGCGGGCCGAGGAUCUGUCUCGGCCAGCAGUAUGCGCUCACGGAGGCGGGGUACGUGUUGGUGAGGAUGGUGCAGGAGUUUGCGGAGCUGGAGAGUAGGGAUCAGGGGCCUUGGGAGGAGUCGUUGACGUUGACGCUGUGUAGUCGGAAUGGGACGAUGGUGGGGUUGAAGAGGUGAUGGGUGGGAUAGAAUACGUUUUUGAAUCGUCUUUGCUUUGGCUUCGGCUUCGUAGCUGGGUUUGGGACAUGGGCUUUACGUAUCGUGGUAUUAUAUGAUGGUCCGCUUCGUUGCUUCGUUGGAUAUGAGUAGGUAAAGUGAUAGUACGAAAGGGGCAGGCCGUAAAUGGAGA